GUGAAAGUGUUGGUGGGCACCCACAUAAAAACUGAAACCCUCCUUGUCUCUGUCCAGAUGGUGCAGUCUCACACUUCCUCCUUUUCUCUCUCCUCCGCUUACUUCUGCCAAGUGCCCAUCUCCAUCUUCUCUCUCUACUCACACACCCUUCCUUCCCUCUUCUCCUUUCUGGCGUCUGAACGACCAACGCAAUGACCAUAAGUGAUUAAUAAAUGUAAAGCAGACCUUCCUAUCCACCCCCGUCUCCCCUCCCACACAAACACGGAGAAGAGAGAGAUGUUGGAAUACUUCUGAACCCUAGAAUCCCAUAGUUAUUCCCAGGAAUCCUGCCACAUAUCUCAUCUUUACUCGUGACUGUGACUUAGCAAGCAAAAAGGAAAGCAAAGAGGACAAGAUAAGGAGGAAGAAGAAGGAAACCAUGGCUUUUCUCCCUCGGACCCUCACCUUGUCUCUUUCAAACUGCUUCUCCUUCAGUGUAUGGGUGGAUAGAUUCCAGCAGUCCUGCUUCAGUUCUCGAUCAUUCCAUUGACAUAGCUCUCUCUUGCUCUGUCCACAAAGACCUAUAGACAAUCCAAAAACUACAGCUUUUGUGCUCCAUUGAAAGCUCUCUCUCUCUUAUUCUCUGUCCUUUCCCUGAACCCUGGUCCCUGGUAAAAUCCUAAAGGCCAAAACCAUCUUUUCCCCGAGAAAGGAGACUUCUUUCUUCUACUUCCCACCCCCUCAUCAAGAACUUAGUCGCCGGACCUCUUCUUGUCAGCUAAACCUGAGUAACUUCUUCUCAACUCAGCUAAAGGGAACAGGGGGAGGAAGAAAGAUCCUUCUUUUAUGAGAAUUCCUCUCUGUCAAUGAGUUGGAUCGAUCUCGAUGUUCUCGGGGUGCUCGGUUUCGAGUCUGGCGGCGAAGUUCACCUUCUUCCCGCCCGACCCACCUACUUACAGCGUGAAGAAAGACGACAGCGGGCGGCUGGUGGCAUCUGGCGUCCCAAGGGACCAUUCUAUGGAUGUCCUGCUGCUGGACACCAAGCACGGGACCAAGCUUGUCGCAUUUUAUUUGAAGAACCCCUGUGCCAGGCUCACGGUGCUAUACUCACACGGCAAUGCUGCAGAUCUGGGGCAGCUCUAUGAUCUCUUCGUGCAGCUUAAGGUCAACCUGAGGGUUAAUCUGAUGGGAUAUGACUAUUCAGGAUAUGGAGCAUCUACUGGUAAGCCAAGCGAAUACAACACAUAUGCAGACAUCGAGGCAGUGUACCAGUGUCUGCAGACAGAAUAUGGAGUCGGUCAGGAAGAUUUGAUCUUGUAUGGCCAAUCUGUCGGUAGCGGUCCCACAUUGCAUUUGGCAGCUCACUUGCCGAGACUGCGAGGCGUAGUACUUCACAGUGCUAUACUGUCAGGACUUCGUGUGGUUUGCCAUGUCAAAUUCUCGUUCUGCUUUGACAUUUAUAAAAACAUUGACAAAAUUAAAAAGGUCAAGUGCCCAGUUUUUGUAAUUCAUGGUACCGAAGAUGAUGUAGUGAAUUGGCUUCAUGGACAUGGUUUAUGGAAACUAGCGGAAGAACCGUACGAUCCCUUAUGGAUCAAAGGAGGAGGUCAUUGCAACCUAGAGUUAUAUCCAGACUACAUCCGUCACCUAUGCAAGUUUAUUCAGGAAAUGGAGAACCUCACGACUGCAACCCGGCUCAAGAAGAUCCGGCAAACUCUCAAACUCCCUGCCAAAGCUGCCGCAACCACCAGCACCACCACCUUCACGACCAACUGUUGCUGCCAAAUUAGAUGCAGGAAACCCAAUUGCUGGAGCUGCCCACGGAGAGGAUGUCUGAUGGUGCGAUGCUCCAAGGGAUCUGCAUACCUGUGCAACUGGUGUUGUGGAGAUUGGCAUUGAUGGUGGCAUCCACUGUACAGAUUUGCUCAAACUUCUAAACCUAUCUAUUGUAUCGAAACAUUAACGAAGGCAAUCGGACUAUCGUUCGUGUGCGAAUUAAGAGAAUAGAUACCAGUUUUUUUUAA